AAUGAAUCACGCGCGCGCGCGCGAGAGAGAGAGAGAGAGAGAAAGAGAGAGAGGGAGAUGGCAGAAGCUUGGCAUGUGUUAUCAGCAAGAAACAUCAACCCCAUUCCCAGUCCAUUCCCAGCUAAGGCUAAAUCCCUCAAGUUGCCGUCUCAGUCUUUAAGAAUCAGAGCUUCUUCAAAAAGAAAUGGAGGAUUCUCACGUGGCAGGACUCCACGCCGUCUGAUCACAAUAUCACCAUCAGAUGGAAGAUGGCAUGGGAAGUGGACCUGCGACUACCUUCUCUCUCUCCGAGACUUGCGCUUGCAAGAUUUGGUGGAAGGUGGACAACAUAAAGAUGCAAGGGUUUUUGUCCAACUCUGCGUCCACAAGCACGCCAGCUUUGGUCUUUCUGUGGAAGGAAGGAUUCUCACAUCCUUCACUAGAAAAUGUAGUAUCUGCUCCUCACCAUACUGCAGAGAGAUUGAUACAAACUUCAAUGUAUGGGUUCUGCCUCCAAGCAGAGAGAAUAGUGCAAACCAACUACCUGAAAUUGGGGGCGACGAUCCAUCAGUGAUCUAUGUUAAACCCGGAUAUGAAGCUGACCUUGAUUCACUAGUACAAGAGACAAUUCGUCUCGCCAUCUCAGUAAAAGAUACUUGCUCAGAGUUAUGCGAGAGAUCAGAACCUACAUUGCAAUAUGCUGGUGAACAAAAUGUGUCUUCUCCUGAUCAGCGGUGGUCUAAACUCCUGGAGCUGAAGAAUCACAACUUACAUAUGUAACUGUUAUAAAAUAAAAAUCUAGAAACUACAUAAUUAAAAAAACCCGAAUAACAAUCAGUAUGUGAGUGAUUGGACUCUUGGACAACAAGGUAAAUUUGAAUUUUUCUCUUAGAUAAA